AAAGUUCCUCCUCUCGGUACUGAGGUAAAGAAACAAGAGAUGAAACGUCUUUUUCUGUCAUUUUAUGUUGCUGAACCGCUGCUGACGAAACUCACAGUACCCGAAAUGUCUCCAGAUUUCUGUGCUGAAUCAUCUGUGAAGAGGCGGAAUUCGCAUGAAAACACAGACUAAGACAUCAGCAGCAGUAGGGACAUUUCACUUAGCCGAGCUAGUUUUUAAUAGUAUUCUUUGGUUCCUUUGUGAGCUCUUGCUGUGUUUUAUGCGAGCGAAGACACUAAAACAAUGGCCUUCUUCGUGAAAAAGAAGAAAUUCAAGUUUCAGACCCAUCUGACCCUGGAGGAGCUGACCGCUGUGCCUUUUGUCAACGGAGUUUUGUUCUGCAAGCUGCGGCUGCUGGAUGGAGAUUUUGUCGCUACUUCAUCCAGAGAGGAAGUUCAGGAGAACUGUGUUCGCUGGAGGAAGAGGUUUACGUUUGUGUCUAAAAUGAGUGCCAACCCUCACACCGGAGUCCUGGAUCCUUCUGUCUGCAGGGUGUCAGUCAGAAAGGAACUCAAAGGAGGAAAAGCAUAUACGAAGCUGGGCUUCACAGACCUCAACAUGGCGGAGUUUGCGGGUUCUGGCUCCACUGUGCGCUGCUGUCUGCUGGAGGGAUACGACACCAAGAACACACGGCAGGACAACUCCAUACUGAAGGUGAUCAUCGGGAUGACCCUGCUGUCUGGAGAUCCGUGUUUUAAAACGCCUCCCGGCACAGCAAAGUCCAUCUCCAUCCCAGGACAAGAACACACCCUGCAGCUGGACUGUAAGGGGGAGGGAACAGCCGAGCCUGGCCCGGCUGGAGGGGUUUCUCUGGGCCGAUCCUCCAAGCCACGACCCUCCAUCAUCAGCUCAGGUCUCCUUGAAGAAUCAGAAGUGAACCAGCCCAGUUCUGCAGAACUCUUCCACUCUGGUCACUCUCGUAACUCCAGCUAUGCCAGCCAGCACAGCAAAAUCUCAGGCUACAGCACUGAGCACUCCUGCUCCUCCAGCCUGUCAGACCUCACACAUCGCAGGAACACCUCGACAGGAAGCAGCACCUCUGGGGGCUUGGGCUUCACUGCUGACACACCUACAGAGGGCGACAAGGACGCCGGACGUCCAGAAAGACCCCCUAGACCCCCGCGGCCUGUCUUACCCCCUAACAGGCCCCCCAGGAGAAAGCAGGACUCCGUGGAGAGUCAACCCUCUUGGGUAAACGACACUCGCAUGGAUGCUGACGAUAUUGUGGAGAAAAUUGUCCAAAGCCAGAACUUUGCAGAUAUCAACAACACUGAAGACAGCAACCUUCGCCUGUUCGUCAGCAGAGAUGGAACCACUGCGCUCAGCGGCAUCAGGCUUGGAAACAGGGUGUCUGCAGGCGGGUACGAGCCUGUGGUGAUUGAGAGCCAUUAAACCGAGACCAGCAGGAGAGGCGACGUGUUGACCCGUGGGUUGUCUCCUCCUCUGUCUCGCUGGUUUUCCUGGAGCUUCAGCCGGUCUGAUGCCAUGAGGGGAAAACCUCGUCAGUUUGCACUUUAUGUGAAGUUUGUGGCAGUCUGCUUGUGUGCACUCCGUUCAGCUGUGUUUGUGAUGUUUAGAGCGACUCAGAGUGAAAACACCAAUGCACAAAAUGUUUCUGAGACUGCCUUAUGGUGUGUUUACCUGCUUCUGUGUUGCAGUAACAAAAGUAUGGAUGGAGAUUAAAUUUAUAGUCCACAAAUUUCAGGAGCUCACACUAAAUAGUAAUUUUACCCGCUUAAUGGUAAGGAUACAGACACCAAAAUCAUCCAUGUGUCCCCAGUUUAUUGUUAUAACUGAUGCUCUGUGCUAACUCGAAGUAGGCGACUAUCCUUAUCCAAAGUAAGAGGAAGGAAACAAACGUGAGUUAAAAUGCCAAUGGGUUGCUGUCACUUGAUACCUUGUGUGUCCCAAUUCCGCACUGAAUGCUAUCUGCAUGCAGUAUGUAAUAUAUACCAUUUGUAAUAAUGCUGUUUUUGUAGGUAGUAUAGAAAAAAAUCAACAAACAGUUUUUUGUGUAGUUGGUCCGCAUACAGACGACACUACCAGUGUAUUUUACUUUUUUUCCAGUUGUGAGCAGCUCCUCCAUUUCCUUUCUUCCUUUGUGUGUCCUUAAUGUUCACUACACACUUUACACUUGCUCAGAAUUAGUAUCUAAUACAGAACUGGGACACAGCUGCUGUGUGCUAGCAAGUCUUAGCGUGGAGCCAGUAAUGGGUUUAUAUUGUUUAUGCUAAAAUAUACUAGCACGCAGUGCAGCGCUGUCUUGUUAGGGAAAAUGUUAAUUAAUAACUUAAUUAACAGAGUUAAUUCUUACUUAAGUGACUGUCUAGACUGUCCUUUCACUGCUCAAAAGAGAGUACAAUCCACAUGGCCUGACUCAGUCUAUAAAGUUCAUAAAGUCAACAAUUUCAGUAUCAGCACAGUUCAUUCACAGAUGUCUGCUGACUUGGAGGCUUGUAAUGGUACAGUACGGGUCAAUAUGAUCUUCUUAGACUGAAUUUCAGAGAACAUCUUGUGUGCAUAGGAACAGGACAGGAAGUUACUGAGGCUGGACCGAAGUUACUCAUGUAGUACUGGGGAUGUAUGGAUGAUAAUGGUUUUCAUGGAUUUGACAAUUGAUUCCAAACUUUUCUUUAUUCCUGUAAUAUCAUUUAAACAUUUUACCCACAACUCCUGCAGUAUGAUAGGUUCAUUUAUACCAACAAUCCUUUUGCUGUGUACUUGAGUCAUUUUUCUAUAAGCUGUUACAGUAACUUUUUAAUUUGGUCACAAGUUGUGCAGCCACGGAUAUUUAGCAGUAGUUUCACUGUGGAUUCAGUAGAUUGUUUUUAAACAAGUCUGAAACAUGUUUUUUGAUUAAAAUUAAUCUGGCAGAUUUGUGUUGCUCCAAACUGCCUGAAAUGGUAAGCAAGAAUCCUACUUGCUUAGAUGUGUGGAGAUAAAAGUGAUGUAAAACUUCUAAACCGAGGCCCAAAAGCCAAACGUGAUAAAAUAACUUCCUAUGCAGUUCACACAUGCACUAGUGCGUGCACUGUGUAAUAACUUCCACUUAGAGGCAGCGCAUACAGCACUGAAUGGGAAGAGUUGAGAGAACCACUGAUGCAGAAACUCUGAAUCACUUUAGUUUUUUUCUUUUUGUUUGAAGUUGAAGCUGUUCCCUGUUGAUCAGGGUAAUGCAGUAGAACCACUUUGUGCCUGCAAAGUUUCUCUUGAAUGACCCGAAAGCACCACGAAAACUGUGAAAACAGAGUGCUAGUGAUGGUGAGGAGAGAAAUGUUGUUUUCUGUUUUGUUUCCUUUACUCUGUUUUCUCUUUGUGUCAGUUGUGUUGUAACAUGCAGGUGUAGCCAUUUUGGAAAUCCCACUGUAUGCUUACUGCAUGUAUAUGACUGCUGCACUGUUGCUGCAACUCCAUGAAGGAUUGAUCCUAUGACAUUUAGUUCUCAUCUCUCCUCAGCCAUCAGAAGUUAAAACAAAAUGUGAGGUCAGCUGAAAACACUAGUUCUGUGGUACAAACUGUUCUGGUUCCGUUGAAGAAGGGAUUUCUGCAGUGGCUCUGACUGUUAAAGUCUUUGUUGCCCCCUGGUGGAGCAACAGCCAGUCCAUUCCCUGUGGUGUUUACAAGGAUGUUUACUUGGAGUUAGGCUGGUUUGUUCACAGCUGUCAUCAGAUGAACAAAUACCAGAGAGGCAGGAAUUGUAAUGACCAACAUUGGCUAACCAGCUGGCUGGUUGAUGCUUUUUUUGUUAGUUUUAGAAACAAGUUUGAACUCUGCAAACUUUUCCACUUCAAGACUGAACAAGAAGGAUUUUAUGGUGUACAGAGUCUUAAAAUCAAAUUUGUCUGUUUGUAAAAAAAGGUGGAAAAAAGCUGUCAGUCUGUCAAAUAAUGCUCCCUUUUUUAAAUGCAGGUCAUUUUUAAUUUCACUAAUCUCUGGAAUUAAGGAUGUUAUGUUCCAAAGUUAUCCAGCAAAAAUUAACUAUUUUUAUAAUCAACUAGUUAUAAAUUUCCUCAUCGAUUUAAUCUGGUGAAAAGCAGCAAAUCCUCACAAUCUGGACAUUUGUGCUUGAUAAAUAACUGAUCAAUCAGUGACAUUCACUACUAUAUUAACUACUCGUUUCAGCCCUGGUUGUGUCGCACCAGAAACAAAUCAAAUAAUCCUUUUGGCAGAAUAUUUCCUCCUCAAUUACAAUAAAAAUCUGGUUUUAAGACUCUUCAUCAGUAAACUUUGACGUUAUUUUUCCAGUGAAGCUGCAGUUCUAGCUUGUUGUUUCACAACUUCAUCACACUACGCUGGUUGAACCCAGCUGAUUAUAUAAGUUGAAUCACUUUACACUACACAUAAUGUUUGUAUUUUGCAACUCUAUGUUUAUUAAUCACAUUAUUCUCAUUUUGGGAUGAACCACUGAUCUUAUAGUCCGAAUUUGGGUUUACAUCACCACAGCCUUUAGUAUUCUUUUUAAGCAUUUAUUUAUAUAUUUUUGUUCUUUUAUCUCCUUUUAUUUUUUGUAUGGAGGUUGGUUAUAAGCUAUGCACAAAACUCAUCUCCCUGAGCUUUUUUUUUCUAUUAGUAAUUCUAACAAAUGAUUCUAUUGUAUCAAAGAUAGUAUAACCUAAAUUUAUAGAGAAUCAAGAUGGAACCAUUCUUCCAAUCACAGCGUAGUCACUACGAUGUUGUUGUUUUUUGUGGUAUUUCUGCAGGAAUGACAAUAAAAAGUUAAUCUGA